AUGACAGCGCAGAAGAAGCUGCUCGUAACGGCAGCCAAGAACGGCCUAGCCGUUCCAUGCGACGUGGAUGCCACAGCAUUCUUACUAGCGUACCCUCGUGGCGCGUAUACGGCUGCCCGCACCGUGCACCAGACCAGGAUUUUCGACUACGAGGCGCAUAUCCGCCGCUUGGGUUUGUCCUGCAAAACUUAA